CAUCCCUCACCCAAAAGCUACUACUAGCACAACAGCAGUAGGAAGAUCUAGCCAUCUCUCUCUUCUCUGGUUCUGAGAGACAUACGUACAUCGAUCGUUUGGGCAGCCAUGGCGUCUUUGAUGCAGACAAUAGUCGCGCUCUCUCUGCUCUCAAUGUUUCUCUGCGAUGUCCAUGGGCAGUUGUCUGCUACAUUCUAUGCGGGCACAUGCCCCAACCUACAGCAGAUCGUGCGCUCCACCAUGGCGCAGGCUGUCAACAAGGAGCCACGCAUGGCUGCCUCCAUCCUCCGGCUUUUCUUCCACGACUGUUUCGUUAAUGGCUGCGAUGCGUCGAUACUUCUGGAUGAUACUGCCGCAUUCACCGGCGAGAAGAAUGCCUCCCCCAAUAGGAACUCCGCCCGCGGCUACGAGGUUAUCGACGCCAUCAAAUCCAACGUCGAAGCUGCCUGCCGAGCAACGGUAUCGUGCGCCGACGUCCUCGCGCUGGCAGCACGCGAUGGCGUGGCCUUGCUUGGUGGACCGACAUGGGCGGUUCAGCUGGGUCGUCGCGAUGCCAGGACCGCAAGCCAAAGCGACGCUAACAGCAACCUCCCCGGGCCCUCCUCCGGCCUCUCCACUCUCAUAUCUUCGUUCGCCGCCAAGGGCCUCAACGCACGCGACAUGACCGCCCUCUCCGGUGCCCACACCAUCGGCCAAGCGCAGUGCGGAAACUUCCGCUCCCACAUCUACAACGACGCCAACGUCAACUCGAGCUUCGCUGCGCUCCGCAAACGGAACUGCCCGUCCUCUGGCGGCGACGGCAACCUGGCGCCGCUCGACCUGGAGACACCGAACCGGUUCGACAACGGCUACUACCGGGACCUGGUGGCCAAGAAGGGACUGCUCCACUCGGACCAGGAGCUGUUCAACGGCGGCUCUCAGGACUCGCUGGUGAGGCAAUACAGCGUCAACAAUGCGGCGUUCUCAAGGGAUUUUGCGGCGGCCAUGGUGAAAAUGGGAGCCAUCAGCCCGCUGACUGGAAACAGGGGAGAGAUCAGAUUGAACUGCAGGAAGGGCCUCAGCGCGCGCGACAUGACCGCCCUCUCCGGCGCCCACACCAUCGGCCAAGCGCGGUGCACCACCUUCCGCUCCCACAUCUACAGCGACGCCGACGUCGACCCCAGCUUCGCGGCCCUGAGCCAGCAGAACUGCCCCUCCGCCGGCGGCGACGACAACUUGGCUCCGCUGGACCUUCAGACGCCGAAUCGGUUCGACAACGAGUACUACCAGAACCUGGUGGCCAAGAAGGGGCUGCUGCACUCGGACCAGGAGCUCUUCAACAAUGGAACCCAGGACUCCCUGGUGAGGCUGUACAGUGUCAACGCAAGGGCAUUUGCCAGAGAUUUUGCGGCGGCGAUGGUGAAGAUGGGAGCCAUCAGCCCGCUGACGGGAACGAACGGAGAGAUUAGAUUGAACUGCAGGAACGUGAACUAGCAACGUUAUGAUGAUGCUUCAUCUGUAUUCUUUUACACUGUUCUUUUAUUGUUUCUUUGACAGAGCAAAGCAAUAAAAAGCUGUGAAGAUUUACUGUAUCCAA